GUGCGUGCUUUGUCAAUGUUAUGGUUCAUCAAUUGAACGGUUGAUCAAUCGAAUGAGUACAACGACUUGGUUAAGUUAACUGUUAUAAUUGAUGGAUACGGCGACAAUUGAUUUAAGUCUUAGGUUGGCAGAUCAAAUCAGCGAAGUUACUGAAGGCAAUAAUUUGAAUGCGCAAGUAUUCGAUGUCGUAUGCAAUAUUUUUAUUGCUGUUAGAGAAUGAUUGAUCACUUUUCUCAUUGGUUGAUGAUUGAAUGAUGGAUCGGUCGGAUGAUUGGAUUGACGAGGGUGGCGAGUGGGAUAUGAACAUAGCACGAGAAUAAUGAAAGUAAGUGGAAGAGGAGGUGGAAGACGAUCAGGAGGUGGAAGACGAUCAGGAAGAAGAGCGUCGACGACCAAAGAUGGCAGUCAGGAGGAGGAGGAGGAGGAGGAGGAGGAGGAGGAGGAGGAGGAUGGAGGGUCGCGUGGAGGGCAGAUUCCGUCGAAGGAGUUCUUCUCGGGAGGUUGGUGGGACGAACUCACUUGUAAGUAUGAAUGGCCCAGCAAACCAGCGCAAGCGCUCAUUGCCAGACUGAAACUCGAGAUCCUGGAUGCGAUGAAGAGAAUGGUAAUGGGGGAGAGGUCGGCAACUUGGCUAGAGGAUGUAAUCAUCGGGUGGCGGUAUGACGAAGCUUUAGGAGCCAAGGUUUGCAAACCGGCGAGGGUAUUCAGGAAGUUCAUGAUGAACGAAUGGGAGGCAAGGUAUGUACCAGAGUUCUGCCAGUGCGGCUCAGGGAGGCAUGCCGAGUUCCUCAACACUUCCAUCAUCAAGAUGCUCCCGGAAGAAGGUACCUUGCACGUCAUCACGAAUGAUACCGGCAUAACGAACAACGGCCAGCUACAGCUCAUGCUUAAUGCGGGCCUAAAUCAUAUCCCGCUCAGGUCGCUCGAUGAGGAGUUUACGAUGGACGAGGUCGAGGUGGCGCUGGAUAAGAUACUCACCACACGGAGAUGCGAUGAAAAGCUAUCCUUGGGGGAGGAGAGGCAAGUGAAGGCGAUCGUGCGAGAGAAAGCGAGGAAGUCCAUUAGGAGCUUUCGUACGAAGCAUAUGCAUAUCUCGGGCGAACCCAUCAAUAGCGUGGCCGUAAGGGGCGAGAUCGAGUGGCUAACGAGCAGGUAUCUAGUUUGUCCGACGGACAAGGCGCCACACACCCCCACGUUCGUCUACAUCAACUUCAUCAGGCGGCUGGCGUUGCAGAGACUCUCGGGGCCGGACUUCACACCGCUCCCGGAUACGCCGGAGCAGGUUGCGACAAGGUUAAUGCAGGAGGCGGCUGCCUUCACUCAUGCUGGGCACGAGGCGCUGCCACUCCCGCACCUCAUGACGGUGUACAAGGCGCACAAGCAAUCCUUCAGAUAAAUUACGAACACGGCGGGCUCGGUGCUCUCCCCGGUAGCAGACGUUUGCAAGUGUCUGCUGAAGCUCCUGGCAGGGGAUGUUCAAGCCCUCUGCACAAGUAAGAGCGAAGAGGGAUAAAUGCGAGAAGUAAUAAGUAUGGGGCAUGGCCUAUAAAUAUAUAAAGUAAAGCUUUUAACGAAGC